AUAAGUGUCUAUGGAUUAAAAACUUACCAAAUAGUCUGUGGUUUCUCUUAGUUCACUGCUUUACUCACCAGCUGGCGCCCUCUUCUAUGAGAAUAGGCGCGACGUCAUCUGUCAACUUCAUAGCGUUCGUAAAUUUUUACCGCGCAAGCCGUAAAAAUUUUUCUUAAGUGUUUUUUAUUGUUAAAAUAAAACACAGUGUUUAGUGUUGGUGUUAGAAAAGUGCUUCAAGGUGAAAUGAGUGUGGAUAGAAAUACACAAUGUGCAAGUUCUGUCGCCUCGGACGAGGGACAGGCUUGUAACAGCAGCGGGGCCGAUGCAGGCUCCUCAUCUUCGGAGGAUGAGGCUGGCUUUGCUUCUCCACCACCUAACAAGCGUCGUCGUAGGUAUGUACAAAAUCCUUAUGCCGAUCCACGCGUCGAUGUAUUGAUGGAUCAAGUAAGUCGGAUUUCAAACUUCGUCUCCGAACUAACUAGUCAAACAAUGCAUAACACCAACACUCACCAGAUCAUAAAUAAUUGCUUACCAGGCCCUAGUCACGCUGUUCAGUCUAGUAAUUUGGAGUCAACUUUCCUUAAAAGACCAUGUACUUCAUCAAAUAACCUCACUUUAGGUGAAUUAAACAUUGAUUAUGAUGACAAGAAGAUUAUACCUUCUGCUGAUAAAGACCGCCUAUUAGAGCUGGUAAAGUACCAAAAAUUCAACACUCAAGCCUGGAAGGGCAUUCGCUAUAAAAAAGCGAUGCAGUCUUAUGCUGCAACACCUGGGUUUAUAGGUCUUAAAAUAAAUGAAGAGCUUUGUCAUUUUAGUAAAAAUAAAGACUAUUUAGCAUCUACAGAGCAGCUAUUAGCUAGCUUAUCUAAUGUCUUACUUGAACAAAGACAAUUACUGCAAACAGGACUGCGGGGGAUUGUUGACUGGGCCUCAGCGGAUGCAAAAAAUCUUAAUGCCAAUUCUCUCUGUGAGAGAUUUUUAACAACAUUUGGUCCCGGAUCUAGUAUAUCAAAGAAUUCUGAGCUGUCCAUGCAGAUAAUCUGUGGAAAAAGGGCAGAGUGCAUUGAAGUUAGGCGGGAUCGCAUUCUUAAAGAAAUAGCAAAUUCAAACCUCAGAGCUACUUUACAAAACGUUCCACCCAGCUCGGAAUACUUAUUUAGUCGAGAGGGCUUACAGCCUAUUAUUCAGUCAUUAGGUGGUUCACAGACUUGGUUGAAUACACCAAGUUACUUAAAAGAAAAGAGGUCUAGUACUUCAUUUAAUCAACAUUCAAAUAAGAAACAGAGAUUUCCAUCUACUAGAUCUUAUAAAGAGGAGAGAAAAAUAAAGACGAAGUGCUACAGUUGACUGCCCUACCAUUUGGCCUAUCGUCUGCCCCCCGUUUAUUUGCAGCGGUGUCCAAUUGGGUUGCGGAAAUCCUACGGACAAAGGGGGUGCGACUGCUUGCAUAUCUAGACGAUUACCUCCUGGCGCAUCAGAAUCGUGCCAAACUUGUCACUCAGGUUGCGGAAACGCUGAGUGUUCUAGAAUCACUAGGUUGGCAUGUCAACUAUCAAAAGUCCAGUCUCAUACCAACACACGAGUUGGAAUACCUAGGACUUACCUGGAAUACCGAAAUCAAUUGCCUGUCAUUGCCCCAAAUGAAAAUAAUGAAAAUAAAGAAUAUCAUAUCAAGUCUGCUAAAAAAAGGAUGCUGCACCCUGAAAGAGAUGCAAAGUCUAUUAGGCAUGUUAAAUUUUGCAAAUUACUCAAUUCCAAAAGGACGUCUGCAUUGCCGCAAGAUGCAAAUAUUUUUGAAAAAAUUUCAUCAGAACCGACCCAGAGACAAAAAAGUAAUACCACCUUCGGUAAGUCAGGAUUUGACUUGGUGGCUAAAUGCUGUAAACAACAGCAGGGCCCCAUUACAUCAGAAAGAAGUAACACACUUUCUUACAACAGAUGCAGCAGAUGCGGGAUGGGGUGCACAUCUAAACAGCCUACUUCUAUCAGGCAAAUGGGCUCCUUACCAAAAGAAGUGGCACUCAAAUCUAAAAGAACUUUAUGCAGUAUAUGCGGCAAUAAAGUGCCAAGAGGAGAGCCUAGAGGGAGCUCACAUACUGUUGCAGACCGACAACCGUACUCUCGUUGCAUACAUAAGGAACGAGGGGGGCACAAGAUCACUAGCCCUAUUAGAACUGACAGGCAGGGUUCUAGAGUUAACCGAGCAGCUCAAUAUAACGCUGUCGGCCUGCUACCUCCCAGGGAGGCUAAACGGAAUAGCAGAUCGUCUCUCGAGGGGUCGCCCAGUCCCAGAGUGGCACCUACUUCCACAGGCCACGGAAGCCAUAUUCAAAGAGUGGGGGGUCCCAGAUAUAGACCUGUUCGCGUCAAAAGAGACCGCCGUCGUGCGAAGCUACGCCACAUUGGAUUCAACAGAUGGGUGCGCAACUUUCUGCGACGCAUUCAGCCUUCAGUGGGAUUACCAGAUGGCCUGGGUGUUUCCCCCCCCAAACCUCAUCCCACGAGUAUUGGCCCAUCUGAACAAGGCGAGGGGAACAUAUGUUCUAAUAGCACCUCAUUGGACUCGGUGCUUUUGGCAUCCAGACCUACAGGCGAGGGCUCUCGGAGAGCCAAUAAUAAUCAAGGAUCUGCGGAAGACC